GGUCGUUACACCUGUAUGGCCGUCAACCGGCACGGCCGGCGCGUGGGCAGCGUGGUGGUGAGCGUGGAUGAGAGCCGGCUGUCCCUGCUGCUGUCCCUGUCCCUGCUGGGUUCUGUCACCGUGCUGGCAGCGGCCGCGUGGGGCAUUUAUUACAUGAAGAGCACCGCCUGUAAGAAAGGAGAGUACAACGUGCGCGACGCCGAGGGCUCCUCUGAGGCCUCCCGCCUGCACCGGGGGGACAGCGGGGGACAACGGGAGCUGUUUGGGAUCCCUCUCACCCCCACCUGAGGAACCUCGGCACCCGGGACCCCCAGAGCUCAUGGAGGUGGAGACAGUGUGGUGACACCUGGCCCGAGGGAUGGUGGUGGGAGUCACCACGUUGUCUACAAGAAGCUGUGUUGGUUGUUGUCGUAUGUCCCCAAGAAAUGGUGUUGGAUGUCUCCAUCGAACAGUGCUGGAUGUCACAUAAACCGUCCCCAAGAAACAGCCUUGGAUUGAUUCUCCAAGGAAUGGUGUUGUUGGAUGUCACCAUACUGUCUCCAAGAAAUUGUGUUGAUGUCUCCAAGGUACGGUGUUGGAUGUCACCAAAUGUC